CAUUCCCGACGCUAUGUCUUUCGACGCACUGGAGGCAACAGAGGUGAAAACCAACGGAGAGAAGAUCUCGGAACCUCCAGGAAAAAUCAAGGAAUUGCUGAAGGAGUUCCAAGACAUUCUCCAUGACGACCUCCCGGACGAGCUACCGCCAUACCGAACGCACCAACAUGAGAUCGUGGAGGAACCAGGUUCGAAGCCGACCUUCCGAGCACCAUAUCGGCUCAGCCCCACCGAGCUAGCCGACAUGAAAAAGCAAAUCGAGUAUCUCCUCGCCAAAGGACUCAUCCGACCAUCCACUUCACCAUACGGUGCCCCAGUACUCUUCACACCGAAACCGGACGGAAGCCUGCGCAUGUGCAUCGACUACCGAGCUCUCAACAAGCAGACCAUCAAGAACAAGUACCCGAUUCCACGAAUCGAUGAUAUGCUCGACCAGCUUCGGGAAGCCACGGUAUUUUCAAAAUUAGAUCUGCGGUCCGGAUACUGGCAGAUAAGAAUGGCAGACGAUUCCGUUCACAAAACGGCCUUCCGAACUCGGUACGGAUCGUACGAGAGUCUGGUGAUGCCGUUCGGACUCACCAACGCACCUGCAACGUUCCAAGCAGAGAUGAAUCACAUCCUAUGCCCACUCUUGGACGAAUGCGUGGUGGUGUACCUGGACGACAUUCUCAUCUACUCGCACGACAUGCAACAAUACAUCAAACACUUACGACGCGUCUUCGAGAUUCUUCGACGAGAAUGCUUCUACGUCAAACUAUCCAAGAGCGACUUCGCCCUCGAGAAAGUCCAAUUUCUCGGACAUAUCGUAGGCGCUCAAGGAGUUCACGUCGACCCCAAGAAAAUCGAAGCUGUGCGUACGUGGCAGACACCCGAGAAUGUGAAGGAGUUACAGCAGUUCUUUGGCUUCGCUAACUACUACAACAGGUUCGUGCCGCAAUACGCGAAAAUCGCCGCGCCACUCACGAAUCUGCUAAAAAAGAACACACCCUACAAAUGCGAGCCGAAGCACCAGGAAGACGUGGAGCAGCUAAAGCAAGCACUCACGUCCGCACCCGUACUCAUCUUGCCAGACCCCGAACGCGAAUACGUCAUCGAAGCUGACGCCAGCAACCAGGCAGUGGGAGCAUGGAACAAUGACAUCGUGUACCGGGAAGGAUCAACGAAGAUCUGGGUACCUAAUGACCCUCCAUUGUGCCAGUUACUACUCGAAGAGUACCACAACGUCCUGUACGCGGAACACUUCGGUAGCAACAAGACGCUCACAGGUAUCGCCAAACACUACUACUGGCCUCACAUGGCAGAUGACGUACAGAAAUUCGUCACCUCGUGCACUACAUGUCAGCGGAUGAAGAGCAGCAAGCAGAAAAAGGCGGGUCUACUACAGCCUCUUCCUGUCCCAGAACAGCCAUGGCAAGUGGUCAGCCUAGACUUCAUCACCGGGCUACCAACUACCACAAGCGGUCAUGACGCGAUCCUCGUCGUCAUUGACAAGUUCUCCAAAAUGGGACAUUUCAUCCCGACACACACGACAGCACGCACCGAGGAGACGGCACAGCUCUUUGUUCGCUACAUCAUCUCACAACAUGGCAUUCCGACCACACUCAUCUCCGACCGGGACCCUAAGUUCACAAGUAAAUUUUGGAAAGAAAUGAUGUCUUUCCUCGGAACCAAACUCGCCAUGUCAUCCGCCUACCAUCCGAUGGCAACCUUCGACAACGCCGAGCUACCCAACUGGGACAAUACUGGAGAUAUCCCAGUGGAGACACUCGCACGAUUCGAGAAAGAUGUGAAGCGGACCGACACCGGGUUCCUGGCGAUAGCAACAGAAGUGGAGAAUGACGGAGAGAAAGCCUCGGAAACUCCAGAAAAAAUCAAGGAAUUACUGAAGGAGUUCCAAGACAUUCUCCCUGACGAUCUUCCGAACGAGCUACCGCCAUACCGAACGCAUCAACACGAGAUCGUGGAGGAACCGGGUUCGAAGCCGACCUUCCGAGCACCAUAUCGGCUCAGCCCUACGGAGCUGACUGACAUGAAAAAACAGAUCGAGUAUCUCCUAGCCAAAGGACUCAUCCGGCCAUCCACUUCGCCGUACGGUGCCCCAGUACUCUUCACACCAAAACCGGACGGAAGCCUGCGCAUGUGCAUCGACUACCGAGCCCUUAACAAGCAGACCAUCAAGAAUAAAUAUCCGAUACCGCGAAUCGAUGACCUGCUUGACCAGCUUCGGGGAGCUACGGUAUUUUCCAAACUGGAUCUGCGGUCCGGAUAUUGGCAGAUACGGAUGGCGGACAACUCUAUCCACAAAACUGCUUUUCGAACUCGGUACGGAUCGUACGAGUAUUUGGUCAUGCCAUUCGGACUCACCAACGCACCAGCAACGUUCCAAGCCGAAAUGAACCACAUUCUACGACCACUUCUGGACAAAUGCGUGGUGGUGUACCUGGACGACAUACUCAUCUACUCGCGCGACAUGAAGCAGCACGUCGAACACCUGCGACGUGUCUUCGAAAUUCUUCGACGGGAACGAUUCUACGUCAAACUGUCCAAGAGCGAAUUCGCCCUUGAAAAGGUCCAAUUUCUAGGACAUAUGGUGAGCGCUCAAGGAGUUCACGUCGACCCCAAGAAAAUCGAAGCCGUACGUACGUGGAAGACACCCGAGAACGUGAAGGAGUUGCAGCAGUUCCUAGGCUUCGCUAAUUACUACAACAGGUUCGUGCCACAGUAUGCGAAAAUCGCAGCACCACUCACGAAUCUGCUGAAGAAGAACACGCCCUACAAAUGGGAGCCAAAGCACCAGGAAGCCGUGGAGCAGCUGAAGCAAGCACUUACGUCCGCACCGGUACUCAUUUUGCCAGAUCCCGAACGCGACUAUGUCAUCGAAGCUGACGCCAGUGACCAAGCAGUGGGAGCAGUCUUGAUGCAAGAUCAAGGGAAUGGACUGCAACCAAUCGCCUACCUCAGCAAGAAACUGCACGGGGCAGAACUCAACUACCCGAUACACGACAAUGAGGCUCUUGCUAUCAUCAUCGCCUUCAAAGCGUGGAGAUGCUAUCUCGAAGGACGAAGAACAACCGUCUACACCGACCACUGCAGCCUGAUAUACUUGAAGACACAACCCAACCUUUCCAGGCGGCAGGUCCGGUGGAUCGACUUCCUCGAGACACACUUCCACUACGACAUCGUGUACAAGCCCGGCCACAAGAACAAAGCAGACGCUCUCAGCCGGCCUGCACACGUUGCCGCCAUUCAGGUCGAAGGGAUGAAUCCACUACUCAAGGGACUCUUCACACACGGGUACGCCACCGACCCCGAAAUUCCCUUGGCAGAAAAGCGACAUCUGCUACAGUGGGACAGUGACAUCGCGUACCGGAAAGGAUCAACAAAAAUCUGGGUACCCUAUUACCCUCCUUUGCGCCAGUUACUACUCGAAGAAUACCACGACGUCCUCUACGCCGGACACUUCGGUAGCAACAAGACGCUGACGGGUAUCGCAAAGCACUACUACUGGCCCCACUUAGCAGAAGAUGUCCAGAAAUUCGUCACCUCGUGUGAUACAUGUCAGCGGAUGAAGAGCAGCAAGCAGAAAAAGGCGGGACUACUGCAGCCUCUUCCUGUCCCAGAACAACCAUGGCAAGUGGUUAGCCUGGACUUCAUCACCGGGUUACCACCUACCUCUAGCGGUCAUGACGCCAUCCUUGUCGUCAUUGACAAGUUCUCCAAAAUGGGACACUUCAUCCCGACACACACGACGGCACGCACCGAGGAGACAGCACAGCUCUUCGUUCGUCACAUCAUCUCACAGCAUGGCAUCCCAACUACACUCAUUUCCGACCGAGACCCCAAGUUCACCAGCAAGUUCUGGAAGGAACUUAUGUCUCUUCUCGGGACCAAACUCGCCAUGUCAUCCGCAUACCAUCCGCAGACAGACGGACAGACCGAGCUCCUCAACCAAAUUGUUGAGCAACUCCUCCGAGCAGCCUGCAAGGACGACAUCUCCAAAUGGGACUUGCACCUGCCCGUACUAGAGUUUGCUUACAACAAUGCCACACAUGCCGCUACUGGACAGACGCCGUUCUUCCUCUGCUACGGACGCCACCCACUCACACCACAAAAACCGACAGCAUCAGCUACAGUCCAACCAGCACAUGAUUUCAUUACAACCAUGCAUCAACUUUGGGAUCGGACCCAUAAGCGCCUCCUUGACAUUCAACAGCAACAGAAGCGCCAGGCCGAUCGCCAUCGCAACGACCACACCAUCACGGUGGGAGACCAGGUGCUUCUUGACACCCGCAACCUGGACAUCAGCCAUCUCCCAUCUAAACUUCGACCUCGCUUCUGCGGGCCUUUUCUCGUUGAAGCACAGGUCACUCCUGUUACCUUCCGCUUACGCCUGCCAGCUACCUGGAAGAUUCACAACGCCUUCCACGUCCAACUUCUGAAGCCCUAUCGGGACCCGAACACAAUUUUCGUCGGACGCCAACCGCCGCCGCCAGCGCCCGUCCUCGUCCAGAAUGAACCCGAGUACGAGGUCGAGUCCGUGCUCGCACACCGCCGUCGUCGGAAUGGCACCGUGGAGCUUCUCAUCCGUUGGAAGGGUUAUGAUCCUUCUGAGGACAGCUGGGUACCUGAGUCCGACAUGGGUAACGCCCGUCGUCCUCUGCAUGACUACCUUGUCAAGCAGGGUGUUACUUCGACCACCCAGCUUUGAGGGGGGGAAGUGUGAGAGUACGACCCCGUU